ACUUGCCCAAAGGGGCGGCGGGUGUCCAUUUUUUCGUAGGAACCUAACCCAUGAAACCAGUAGCAUGUGCUCAAAUCCAUUUCCAUCAAUCUACGCAAGCGGUACAACUUUUGUACUCCUCAAUGAUGUCGCGAAUGCGAUGUCUGCUGCCUGCCUACACAGAAAGACAGAUGAGUUUGCAGAACUGUGACCCGCUAGGGCCGCUGCGGUACCCGAUUGCUUUACCAAUCGAUCGAAAAGCCAUCACUAGAGGAUGCGAUCAAGGGGGUGGUUCGCGGAGUGGAGAGCAUGGAAGACACUCCGGCGAAUACCUGGUGUGAAUAUUAUAAAAGAUGUUCACCGUUCCAGAAACCAGUUAGUCUGUCGCGUUUUGAAGUCGGGUCCGGUUGUGAAGCCGAAAGUACGUUAAUUUCGCGUUUUUUGUGUAUCAAACGUUCAAGUAGAUCUCGGGAUGGCGAAAACCAGUAGGUGCGGGGUCCUACUGGUGAUAGUCACUGCAUGCUACCAAUGGACUCCGAUCGCCGGUCAGUACUACAGCAUAAACCUAGGAGGCGAAGAAGCGAUUGUAGCUCAACCUGUUCCUCCACCACCAUCGGGAGGUCCAGUUCAGGAAGUAAGACCUAAAAUUACACCACUCGACGCAAUGGUCGAUAAGACCAAUCAUCUAGGCUUCCGGAUACUGUAUCUACAUUCGAAGGGCAACAAGAACAACAUUGCAUUUUCGCCAUGUGCUUUAGCAAGCAUAUUGGUGGCGCUGUACGAAGGCGCAGAUGGGAAAAGUGCAUCGGAAAUACACGAAAAUCUAGUGCUACCAUACGAUAAGGAUAUCUUGCGGGUGGGCUACCGGGACAUUCAUCGACGGUUGAGGAGCUAUUUCUAUCGUAGGGAAAACCUACUCAGCGGAUUGAGCUUGAGCAGUGAGAAUAUAACGAUACGGCCGGAAUAUGAAUCCAUUCUCAAAUUCUAUGGCUACGAUCUGGAGAGUAUUCCUGAAAUGAAAAUGCAAACCACUACCCCCGCUGCUACUUCUCCGGACUACAUGGAGAGCACAACAUUUCCCUCCGAUUACGAAAUGACUUCCAGCGAAGAGGAGCGAUCCACCACAGAGUCAAUGGCAACUACCUUUGAUUUGAGUAUGGGCUCUGCAGAUCCCGAUGGAGAUGGCUCUACUACUACUGAGUCGGAACAACAGUCCGAAGAGGCUGAAACAACGACCGCAGCUGUAGACGUCGACGAUACGGAAACCACUACCGUAUCUGAACUCGAAACAACCGAAGAAGGCACAUCGGAAACUCCCGCCGAAGACGAACAAACGGAGGAGCCUACGGAGGAACCAGCUGCCGAAGGGGGUGAGAAACGUCGACGGACGCUUCGUAAACGAGGUCAAAAGCAAAGUCAAGUACAAAGACGGCAAUCCCAGGCCAACUACCGUAGGAGGUUGCUGCGGUCUCGACGAAGUCCUGAAGAGAUUAAUCUGAUUAGUCACCAACGUUUCCUACAAAACUUCCUACUACAGGAUGUAACAACUGCAUCACCGUUUGCCGCAUUCCCCGCCUUCUCUGAAAGAUCUAGUCAAUUCCAGCAAGACCGUCUAUUGGAUGACACCAUUGAACAUAAUUUCUACCUGACCGAAACGGAAACGGUCAAGGUGCCUUACAAGAUCUAUAAUACUAUUUUGAAAUACGCCUAUAUAGAUCGACUACAAUCGACGGUUAUUGAACUAGAACUAGAUUCUGAUGACUACAAACUGAUUAUAAUUCUACCGGAUUAUGAAUUCGGCAUGGGCAAUCUUAUGAAACUGUUGCAGAACGGCGAGAAUGUUCCAAAUAUGAGGGAUAUCGUGAAGCAGAUGGCACCAUCGUGGGUUAAAACUAUUGUACCAAAGUUUACUUUAAAGGGAAAUAUUAUUCUAACAAGCGAUCUCCAAAACAUGGGUAUUAACGACGUGUUCGAGCCGACGCGUGCCGAUUUCACACCCAUGACGGAAGACCCGUUGAUCUACGCCAAGCACAUCGAACAGUCAAUCAACAUCAACAUCCGGACACAAUCGUUGCAGCAGCUCAAGAGAUUUACGUCACUGUAUAAAAACCCAAUCGAACUGGCCAUCAACUAUCCAUUUUUGUUCUGCAUCCUAGAUAAGGAGUUGGACUUGGCACUGAUCACCGGGCGGAUACUAAAUCCGCUGAAUUCUAGAAUCCAUUGAUCCAAAAUACGUGUAAUAAAUCGUCGCACAUUGAUACUGAA